UCAGCAGAUCAUGAAACACAAUGUGUUCUUCACAUUGCUCUAUGUUACGGAGGUUUGAAGAAUCUUGUUCGUGCAUUCGAAACGUUCAGAAAAGUCGAAGAGUUGUGUGCUAGAAAGUCAGUUAGCGACAACAUACGAUUGGAUAUUCACAAAACAUUGGCAGACACUUUCACCGAGGAAGAAUACGGAGAUAAUUCUAAGGUAUUGUAUCACCUUAAAGAAGCCGAAGGUAUCUUUAAGCGAAUAGAAAGAUCCGAAACGCAGGAAGAUGCACUAAUUGAAGUGCAAGCAAAGAUCUUGAGUCUGGAAUUUUAA